CUAGUGGGGCCGUUCCGGGAGGUGGAGGCAAGGAAGCGGCGCUGUUAUUGCUGCUGCUGCGGGGACGAGGGGAAGGGAAGGAAAGGAAGUUGAAUUAGAGAAACCCGUGGGAUGAACGGGCCGGGCCUGCCGUGUGGGAGCGCGAGAGUGUGGCGGGGGGAAGAGAAACCUUCCGGGCUCCCCGCGGGGAGCGGCCUGAGGCCGGAGUGAAAGCCAUCCAGCAGCCGGUUUGGAAGAAGGGGGAGGGUGGGAGAGAACCACGAGGAUGUUAACGGCUGUGAGAAGAUGAACCAGCGGCACGUUUUGUUUGUAUGUUUGAUUCUCUCGGUGUUAUAUAGGUGCCCCCGUCGGCACAUAGGUUGUACCGGGCAACAGGAAAGUUCCUCAACACUAACAAAUUUUGCACAAGUUAAGCACUUUGAAGAAAAGCCCAAGCAGGAUGUGACUGAGUCUUCAGAUGUGAAGCCUUCGGACGUCAGUCACAUAGAUCGCUUACUAGAAGUCUGCACAAAAGCAAGCCAGCAUGUGAAUUCUGAACAGUCGGUCUUCCCUGAGCCUGGACUGGAGCCUUCAGAAGGAUUGGAGGAACCUCCCACUAUAGCUGCUAGUACUGAUAACAUUUCCAGUUCAACUACCUCUGAGAAUUCCUCAUUUUUGCAGCACAGUGCAAUAGAAAAAUCCAGUGAUGAUAUUCCUGUUUUAAGCUAUGAGCAGUCUAAAGCGGACUGUGAUGCUGGAGGGAAAAGUGAGGCUGUUCCUCAAAGCAAGCCCACCUCCUAUCUUAGCCUAUCUGAAGGACCUCCAGAGAAACCUAGUGAUGGCAGCAAAAUAUCUUCAAGUGGUCAAGGAAACCUACCUGAAAGUGAGCUUUCUGAAAUUCCAAAGACAAUAUUGCCCGAACCUGAAGACCAGAAGCCAGAAAUCGAAAAGGCUUCUAACAUAUCAGAGGAUUUGUUGAAUGAAGAGUUGCCAGAAGGUACUGAAAUUUCAAGAGUAGUGGACUCUGGGGAUUCUUCUUCCGUGAUUCCACCCAAGGAUUCGGGAGACAUUCCCUCGUUUGAUGAAUGGAAAAAGAAAGUAAUGGAAGAAGAAAAAGAGAAAAGCCAGUCAUUGCAUACCUCUAGUGGUGUCCUACAUUCUGCAAAAAAGCUACAGAAAAACUUCAAUAACUAUGCCUCUGUAGAAUGUGGAGCCAAAAUUCUGGCUGCAAAUCCAGAAGCAAAGAGCAAUUCAGCAAUUCUAAUGGAAAAUAUGGAUCUGUACAUGCUAAACCCGUGCAGCGCCAAAAUUUGGUUUGUAAUAGAGUUAUGUGAGCCAAUCCAAGUCAGACAGCUUGACAUUGCAAACUUUGAGUUAUUUUCCUCUACACCAAAGGACUUUCUGGUUUCUAUCAGCGACAGAUAUCCUACUAAUAAAUGGGUUAAACUGGGAACAUUCCAUGCUCUGGAUGAAAGAACUGUGCAAAGCUUUCCUUUAGAUGAGCAAAUGUAUGCCAAGUAUGUCAAGAUGUUCAUCAAAUACAUAAAGGUGGAAUUAGUGUCGCACUUUGGGUCAGAACACUUCUGUCCCCUUAGCCUCAUAAGGGUGUUUGGUACCAGCAUGGUGGAGGAAUAUGAAGAAAUUGCAGAAUCGCAGUACAACACAGAACGCCUUGAAUAUCUUGAUGAAGAUUAUGAUUACCCACUGGAUUAUGGUACCAGAGAAGAAAAAUCCUCAAAAAACCUUCUUGGUUCAGCCACAAAUGCUAUUCUGAAUAUGGUGAAUAUAGCUGCCAAUAUGCUUGGGGCUAAGAAGGAAGCAGAGCAAAUGUCUCAAACAGAAGUCAAUGGAAGUAUUAGAUCUGAGAAUGAAACUAGAAAAUUGGAUGUACCUGUGCCUGACCCUAGCCUCACCACCUCUUCAAUGCCAGAGCCAGACUUGGGUGAUCAUUCUGUAAUUGAGGAAGAUGGUGAACCAGAGAGAGCACCUUCUGAUUCAAGUACACUCAAGGAGAGCUUAAUUGUGCAGUUGGUACACGAUGAAGAUGAAGAAUUGAUGAAUCGGCAGUCAACUGUCACACUUCUAAAACCCGAAGACGAUGACUAUGAUUAUAAUAAAGGUUGUUGGCAUGAAACUGAAACACAAAUAUACUGCAGUGAACUGCCCACUAUUUCUUGUAUUUCUAGUUUUUCUGAAUAUAUUUACAAAUGCUGCUUUCUUGUUGCGGCCCUACAACGGCAACGCAGUGUGACGUUUGUUGGUCAUGAAAUCAUUGAACCAGUUUCGGACAUCCACCAGCUUCUAACUGGGCAAGAGGAGACUUUUUUAGUAAGUGAAACAAAAGAAACGAUAGAGAGUGAAUUGGACAGCUUGUCGCCUGAAAAGGUGUCUACUAUUAGCAAUGAAAGUCAAUCCAGUACUAAUUUGUCUGAUAACUUAUUUAAUCACACUGACGCUAUUGAACUGGAACCCAGCCAUCCUCCUCCUGCUUCUCAUUCUCCUGAAGUCAGUACAUCUGAUAUAAAAUAUGAUGUGAAAUGUACUGCUAUUCUUCAAAGUUCUCAUCAUGGCAUCACUGACAGUCUGGCUGACCAGGUCCAUCUUCAGCCAGAGUUUACUGUACCUAUUCUGGAUCAAGGUACAGAAUCUAAACUGGAAACACAAAAGGAAGCAACUAAAGGUGCAGAAGAAACUCUGCUCAUAUUAGAAACUGAAACUGCCAAUGACACUAGUUUGGGCGUUUUAUUAAAUGGCUCUGUGAAUGCAAACCAAGAAACUGCUCAAGUACCAAUAACCCCCACAGUAUCCGUAUCGACAACUGAUAGUGUGGUCGAUCAUCCAACAACUGAGAUUCAGAAUGAGACAGUUAGCAGUAAAAGUACCUUGGUAGAAUCGGAGGUACCUUUGCCUUCAGGUUCAGAUAUGUCAUCAGCAACAGAGAUAAAAGAUGAAGAACAAGCUGCGGAAGAAAUCCUCCUGUCUGUUCCAUCCUCAAAUGGGCUUAACAGAACAGUUACUGAUUUCUAUGCAGAAUUGCACAAUGUUACUGAUUUGGGAUACACUAAUGGGAAUCAAGUACACGGAUCCAACCAAAAGGAAUCUGUAUUUAUGCGUCUCAACAACCGUAUUAAAGCAUUAGAAAUGAACAUGUCGCUGAGUAGCCGCUAUCUCGAAGAGCUGAGUCAACGGUAUCGCAAACAAAUGGAAGAAAUGCAGAAGGCAUUUAAUAAGACCAUUAUAAAACUGCAGAACACUUCAAGAAUUGCUGAGGAGAAGGAUCAGCGUCAAACUGAAGCAAUUAGUGUACUUCAAGGACAGCUUGCAAACAUGUCAGAACUGAUCAGAAAUCUAUCUGAAACAGUGAAAAAACUGGAACAUGAGGUUGGAGACCGCCAGAGCUACCUUGUGGUUUCUUUAGCUCUCUGUAUAAUCCUUGCAGUACUGCUCUGUGUGCAACGAUGUUGGAACAGCCCUAUCUCACAUGAUCAUUCACUGAUAGUUCCCAAAAGCAAUCAUUACCCGAGCCCAAAAAGGUGUUUUUCUUCCUAUGAUGACAUGAAUAUUCGCAGGCGAACGUCGUUCCCUCUUGUUCGUUCAAAAUCUUUUCACUUACCUACAACAGAAGUGCAUGGUUAUCAACGAGAGAACAGUUUAUCAUCACCAGAGGAAAGGUUCAGGGGCCAGCACAAUAAGUCAGUCAGUGAAGUUGUACCAUCGGAAGGCAGCUCAGUUCAAGGCAACUCAGUGCGAGCAGGAUCUUUUCUUUAACUGUAUUGCUGAAUAAAAGUUGUAAAACCGUGAUUUGACAACAGCAAUGUGUGGAAGAAUUUUUAAUACUAAGAACCAUCAUAAACAUAUGUGAGCUGUUUUCUUGUUCCAGGUUUGAAGGCAAUUUAAGAUAUUCUUGCUUAUGUUACACCUUCCUAAGUUUAAUGAAGUAAUUUAGAAUUCAGCACUCACUUUGCAAUCAGGUGAAUGUACAAAUAGUCUCACUUGGGAUUGCAAGCAGGCCAGUUGCAGGAUAGUAUGGUGCUUAUUACUGCAACAGUAAUCACUCAAAAUCCAGAAAAAUAAUUCAAAAUCCUAAAAUGACAGGAUUUAAAUUAUGAUGAAAAUGGCUGUAAGUAGUACAGCAACUAGGUGUUAAAUUAUUUCCAAGUAUUUUCAGGGAAGGAAAAUUCUGCUUGCCUAAUGUUACCUGUAACUUCAAUUUGGUUGAAUGUUAACUGCCUCUUGAGUUGGCUGAGUUCACUCAGUUGUAUCAAAUUUUUGCAAAGAUAUGACCAGCAGCAGAUUUUGAAUUAGCUCCUGAUCACUUCAAAAUGUCAGCCAUUCCUGUAACUCCCACAUUUGUCAACUGUAGAAAAAAAAAUUCAAUCACAGACAAAUUUGUUGAAAAAAUUCUAUCCAAUUUAGAUUCUAAAGAUCACAAAUGUGGGCAAGACUCCCUCUUUAGCAUUUUUUUUUACUGCUGCUAUCUUAAAUUGGUCUUGUCUUCUAGUCAUUUGGUUGCACGCACUGGAGCAUUUUUCACCUCGAGCAAUUUCAAGAAAGUGUUUAAAAUGAGCUAAAAGGCAGGUGUAGGUGACCUUGUUUUGCUUGAGUCAUACCCCAACCCUCCAUUCAUCAUUACUGAAAUAAGGACACUGAGUGGGCUUAUUUAAAUGAAACUUGAAUUUUUUGGAAGUGUUUCACCUUGUCUGAUAUUAUUACUGCUGAUUUGUUGACAAACAGAAUUAUUUCUUGGAUUUGAAAGAGUUUUGCAAGGUUUGUGCUUCCAUUAACACUACCUGUAUUAGGAUUACAGAUUCUGUAUGGUUUGUUGGUAUAAAACCUACAGAGUCUGUAAUCCCAAUAAUUAAUGGAGAUAAAACCUACUUAAACCUCUUUCAAAUCCAAGUGAUAAGUUUUUUUUUAUCUCCUAGAAGCUGUGUACAAGAAUUGAUGUUCUUCAAACUAGGGCUGAAAUAUGUUCACUGUACACACAAACUUCAAACAGCAUCUGAAAUGCUUUUUCUCACUGAGAUUCUCAAGAAAUUGAGUUUACUUAGAGCAGUUAAACUUGUUACAAUUUGCCUAUUCAAGUAAAUGGCUCACUCUUGACUGCAAAUGACAUUGUAAGUGUAUGUAAUUACCUUCUCAAGGGCAACUAGGGACUGGCAAUAAUUGUUGGCUCAGCCAGUGACUCAGACCUCCCAAGAUGAAUUUAAAAAUUUGUGCUGUUUGUCCUGGAGUCUUCCUACCUAAUUUGUGAUUUGAUUUAGCAAAUAAGAAUCCUUUUCUGAACCAUUUCAUCAAUGAAUAAUAUCUAUAUGCCUUUCUCUUUUUUUUUGAAGUGGGUCCAGAUGACUUGUACAUUGUAGAACCGCUAAAGUUUUUACAGGACAACAAAAAG